UCGAAAAGGAGUAAAGUGAACAAUUUAUCAUAUAUUAUCUAAUAAGGAAUGCUUGGAAUAGUUUCUGCAGUAUUUGGAUCUGUUGCCAAGGUUACUGGUAUCAAUACAAUACAAGAUGAUGAUUUUGUGGAUCGAUUGAAUCAUGUCAUCACCGUCGCUCUUUUUGGUUUGUUCGCCGUUUUCGUGACCACCAAGCAAUUUGCCGGUGAUCCAAUCCAAUGCCUUGAAAAGGAUCGAAAGGACUAUGUAGAGAACCUGUGCUGGAUCAAGAACACAUACCGAGUGAGUUUUGACGAACCCAUUCCCCAAUAUGAGAAGGAGCGCCAAAUGAACGAGAUCAAGUAUUACCAAUGGGUUCCAGUCAUUCUCAUGUUUCAAAUCUUACUCUUUAAAUGCCCAAAUUUGAUAUGGCGGGCUCUGAAUACAAAUUCCGGCGUCAACAUCACCAAGAUCGGUUCCUUAGCUGAAAGCACGCAAUUUGGCGAUAUAGAAUCGCGGGACACCACUAUCAAGCAACUGGCAGAACAUAUUUCAAGAUGGCUGAUCUACAAGCGCGAGCAUCACUACCAUUUCUUCUCACGCCUGCGCAGUAAAAUAAGUCGUUUAGGAAUCGUGUUCUUCUUUCUUGGAUCGAAAAACGGGACAUAUUUAGUAGGAUUGUACCUUUUUACCAAAAUCUUGUACUUUGCAAACGUUGUCGGACAAUUUUUCCUGUUGAAUCAUUUCCUAGGCACCAAUUUUAGUGUAUAUGGAUUUGAGGUGAUUUAUUAUUUAAGCGAAGCCGGAGAGAUGCCGGAGUCAGAGAGAUUCCCGAAAGUUACCUUUUGCGACUACAAGAUACGACAACUGGCGAACGUACAACCGCAUACCACCCAAUGUGUUCUUCCCAUCAAUCUGUUUUUAGAAAAAAUUUUCAUCUUCAUUUGGUUUUGGUUGUUCAUAGUCGCAGCCGUAAACUGCUACAGUUUAAUCCGAUGGUUUUAUAAAGUAACCUUUAGAAAGAACCGCAUCCAGUACGUUGAGAAGUAUUUAGGGAUGUUUGUGGACGUCUCAAAGAACAGGACGCACGUGAAGACCUUCGUUAAUCGGUAUCUCCGAGAUGAUGGUGUGUUUUUGCUGCGUGUCGUUUGCACGAACUCCACUCCGUUGGUGAUGAGGGACUUAAUCGAGGAGCUCUGGAACUUGUAUAAGAAGAGCUACUUGUACAAACAUGAUGCCGAAGAAGAGACCGCGCAGCUCUACCCUCACAUUAGGGAGAAUCCCAUCGAUACGUUGAUGUAUGCAAAGGAAGCUGGUGAAAUACCGUCAAAGGUACCAUUGCAAUAAACGAUAUAAAGGGUGCACUUUGCUCAUUGUGGAGUAGAGUUAUAGGACAAUUAACUUCGGAAAUGAGACGUAAAGAAUCAAAAUCUUACUGCUUUGAAGAUGAUUUCAUUAAAAUCCACAAGCGAUCCUGUGAUAACAUCAGCCUGCAUCUCCAAAAGGAGCAUCUUCUUAAAACAUUUUCCCAUUUUCAGCAUACCAAGUGAUGCCACUAUUUUUUCGAACAUAUGAGAAUGUUCCGGAGAUCCUUUUCUGGGAGGUCUCAGAUAUUCGUGUUUCGAAUUUGGAAUGCUUGGGAAGAUAUUUAGAUAAGCACCAAACAUCAAUCAGAAGAGAAGGAGUUCAUUGGGAUAUCCAAAUAAGGUGAUGUCUGGUGACGUUUCAACCAGUUAUAUCACUGCUAUUCCUAGGAUUAGAAUCCAGAGUAAGGUGAUGUUUGGUGUUCAGGAGGAAGUAAAGGGGAUAACUCUUUCUGGAGAUGAAGGGUACGAAUCAAAACAAUUUGCCAGGUCUGACGCUCUCUAGUCAAAACUAUUCUUAUUAUGACAAAGUGUCAUGGAUCUGUGUAUGUUGGUCGAGAUGACGAGGGGGUGGGGCAAUAUUAUGAUCUAGUAUUACGAAUAAUUCCACGAUAUUAUGAUCUCAAAGAAAGCAAUACAUAACCAUAAAUAUUAUUUUUCAUUAUUUGAUAAUAUGAUUAUUUUCAUCAUUUAUUAUUAUAUAUCAUAUUUUCUAGAAGCUUAAAGCUAUCAUGAAAUUAUAAAAGGGGCAUUCAAUUUAUUUCAUUGCUCAUUACAGGACCAAUGCUUAUUCUUCUUGUAUUUUUGUAUCAUUUUCAUUAUUAUUAAUAUACACUGCAUAUUCUUUUGCAUUCAUAACAGAAACUUAAAGCUAUCAUGAAAUUAUAUAAAGGGCAUUCAAUGUAUUUUAUGGCCCAUUACAGGACCAUGUUGCCCUUUUUUUUAAUAAUGUUUUAUUUGUCUCUUUUUUAUUAUCAAUAUUGUUAUAUUUUUUUUCUAUUAUUGAUAUGGUAUAUUUCUUCUAUACAAAAUAUGUAAAUUACCUUUUAUUUUCAUCAAAUGAAAUUAUUUUUAUAUUUUUAAUGAUAAAUAUUUUGUUAUUC